ACGAACUUGCAAGAAAUUGCAAAAUAGGCUUCAAAGGAAUCCGUCUGCGCAUAUUGCAGCUACUACAACUCUUUCUCCUCAACCAACUGAUAAGACAAUCAUGGUUUCUGCCGAUGAAUAUGAUAAAUUCUCUCAAUAUCAAAAGACAUUAAGGUCUCCCUCGCAGCCUAUCACUGCUAUUGCCGACUCAGGUAAUCCAAGUCAAUGUCUUCUUUCCUCUUCAUCAAAAUGGGUCAUUGAUUCUGGUGCUACAGAUCAUAUGACAGGAUCUUAUGACGAAGAAGACUUGGUAGAGGACAUGAGUCAGGAGGACUAUACAUAUUGGAUACUCAGGUGUCUAAACCCAUUGCAUGUUCCGGUGCCCUCAGUCUGUUCGAUAUUCACUGUCGAUUGGAUCAUCCAUCACUUCCGCUACUUAAACAGUUAUAUCCUCAGUUUUCUAGUAUAUCUACUUUAAAUUGUGAGUCUUGUCAGUUUGCCAAACAUCAUCGUGUGUUUUCAAGUCCAAGAGUCAAUAAACGGGCUAGUAGUCCUUUUGAGUUAGUUCAUUCUGAUAUUUGGGG